ACACAAAUUAACCAAGAUGCUCAGGUUGAAAAGGAAAUAUUCGAAUCUGCAAAGAAAUGGGUAAUUGAGAGAUACCAAGUUGACAAAGAGGUUAUAGUCGCUGACGACAGCUUUGUAAAGGAACAAGAGAAUAAAACCAAGAUUAUUGAAGCAGAGAACGAAAAGAAGAUAAAAGAAGGCGCUGUAAUUACCAUGACUCGUCGUCUUAUUACUCUCAGCUAUGUCAAGAAAUAUAUUUCGUUCCAGAAACAUGAUGGAAAGUUCAUCUUGGACGCCGAAUUUGUUAGACUACUCGGCUUUGAAUCUUCCAAAGACUUUGAACAAGGUGUGACUUCUUCCACUGCCAGCACAAAGGUUUCCGUUACAGAGGCCAAGACUACCAAGAAGACUAUUACUACUAUCACCAGAAAGACUAUUACCAAGAAUUAUGUUGUUCGUACGUUCAAACAUCAGUUAAAGACUGGCGCUUUCCAAAUAAACGACGAACUUGCUGUAUCAAUUGGGUUCAGCAGUGAGAAACAAUUACGAACUGAGCUAACGGCGUAUAUCAAGAAACAUGGCAAAAGCGAUACCUCGCGUCUCGACACAACUACUUGGGUCACUAUUUUGCUGCUACAUUAUUAUCGUCUAGUUGCUAUUGAUCAUCAAACAGAAUGGCAAGCUCAAUACGAAAUUUCAUAUCGGUGGUUAUGGAGCCAAUUUAAAUGCAAGGAGUCUGUUGAAAAAGAGGCAUUUGCUCUUAUCAGAUCCUUCGUAACGGAAUACUACGAAGUCGAUGAACAAACCCACAAAGAAGAUGUUCAAUUCGUUGGUAAAUUUGAAGAGAAAAGAAAAGCGAUUAGGGAAACACUUGUCAUAUAUAGUGGUAAAUCCACUGCUGAUACUGUCUCUGAAGAAGUUAAGAAGGAACUUGAAAAAGUUACAGAAGAAGAAGCUAUUACGGUAGAAGUUUCUGAGAGACAAGCCAUUGGAAUUCUCAAAAUAAAAAUUGAUCGUGCAAAGGGGCUCCAAAGCGUGAUUACGAGAACUAAGGUUACCCGAGUUAUUGUCCAUAAAUACAUAUCUCAUAUCAAAAAGGAGGAUCAUUUCGUCUUGGACAAUGAUUUUGUCGGACUACAUGGUUACGAAUCUAUCUCUGCCGCAGAAAGCAACUUAAAAGUCUAUUUCACCUCUGAGCACGUUUCCAAGCUUGACACUAAAUUCUUCGCGACUGCUGUCUCUCUCUACUAUCUACGCCUUGUAGCCGUAGAUUAUCAAGAAGACUGGAUAUCCGUUUAUCAUAGGGCUCAUAAAUGGUUGAGUGCACAAAUUAAUGACGCGAAGAUCGAAGCCGAACUUCAUGCAUGUGCGAAGAAAUAUGUAAUCGAAAGAUAUAAAGUUGCCAAAAACGCUCUCGAUAUUGACAUACUAUUUGAGG